AUGGGUGAAUAUUUCAAAGGUAUUCUUAAGAAAUUGUGGGGUUCUGAUUCUGAUAGAGAAACUACCAAAAGUCAUGUUAGUGUGAAGUCAUCUCGUGAAGAAAGUUUUAAACGACGUAUCGUUAUUACGUUGAUAUCCUUUUUAGUAUUAAGUAAAAUAACUAUUUUCAAUUAUUGGCUUAGUAGUUCAUUUACAUUGAAAUUUCCACAAGUUGAUAUAGUUAAUUUGUUAAGAGGAUCUGAACAACUUCCUACGAAGAAUUUUAGUUCAUACACAAAUACUACAUAUGAGUUUUCUAAUACCUUUUUGAUUGAACUUCUCAAAGAUGUUUACCUUAGGAAUGAAGAGGAAUAUUUAGGAUCAGUAAUUCAUACUUCAAUUAUUGUGGUUCCAAGUCUUGAAAUAACUCCCAGUCAAAUUUCAUUAGUAUUACGUGAAGGUUUUUGUAACUUUUGGACUUCUUCUAAAUUCUUUUCAAACUUGAUAGUAACCAGUAAAGUAACUAAUGAUUUUAGAGAUAAAGUUGGUUUUAUUAGAACAAUAUUACCUAUAUCCAAUAAGAGUACUGAUGAAAUUCAAUUUUUUGUUAGAAAGUUCCUUUUCACUUUAUUUUACUAUACAGAUAUUCCUGAAUCAAAAUACAGUAUCGAUUCUUUCCUGAACUUAGUUUAUCUCCUUAAAUUAGGAAAUUUCGGCAUUUUUGUAAGUUCAAUAUUUUAUCUUCUAUUAUUGGUUCCAUUAUUCUUUAUUGAAAAUAAGUAUAUUCUUCCGUUAUCAGCAUUUGCGGUUUCAUUUUGUACAGUUGGGUUCAUAUUUACAUUGUUUAACUUUAUUGUUCAUAUUUGUAUUCAAUUUAACCACGUCAAUCUUACAUCAUGGAUUUCCUUCGGCCUUUAUUUACUAGAAGCAUUUGCCUUUCUAUUAUUGGCACUUGUGACCUGGAAUGAGUUUAUGAGUCUUCAAAACCUUAAUUCUGAAUCUCUAUUAGAUACCAUUAAAGAAGUGGACGGUUCAGCUGGUCUGACUUUUUCCAGUGUAUAUUCAAACCCUCCUCCUCCUUCUUUGCUUCCUACUCCAUCUCAAAGAAAGAUAUCUGUGAAUUCGGUUAAUAAUUCAAUUAAUUUAAAGGAAUCACUGGCUAAAUAUCUGAUCAAUAAAUCUCCUUCAGUUUCACCAGAUGCACCUACAACUAUCGUGAAUACUCUUCCAAAUGAGAGCAUGGCUCAACUACUUCUUUCUGGUGGUCAAAUAAGUCAAAUGAGUGCUGUGGGAUCUUGUGAUGUACUAGAAACAAAUAAUCAAGAAUCUUCAACUGAUUCUGGUGUUGCUGUAUUAUCGUUUCCAACCACUGAAUUACAAGGAUUUUCGAGAUCUAGAGAAGGGAGCUUCCUUUUCCAAGCAUCCAAUCUUAAUUCGUAGUAUUUCUAUUUACAUUUAUUUACAUUUAUUUACAUUUAUUUACAUUUA